GAGGAUGUUGUCAAUCGCAAUGUUGGUCUCCUCUUCCGCGACCUUCUCCAUGUAUUCACACUUGUGUCUGCAAUUUCGGAUGGUGACUAUGGUCGAGUGGAGAACAUGUUCCCCUCACUUGCAUGCAUGUUCCGGGGUGCAGGGGGUAACAACUAUUCGAGUGAGAUACUCCAUAUGAUACACAACUUCAAGCAUGCCUGGACACCCGAGUUUGCGUAA